GAUCAGAACAGCACCCAGGCCAAACUCGUCAAUUUAUCAUCCAGAAAAAAGAAUCGAACCGCAUUCAUUUCACAUCUUGUCGUCUUCGAUAAUCUUCAAAGAACUACCCACACCCAGUUUUCAUUACCCCAUGUACACCCCACCAUCCCUAACCUCCUCUUAACCCUUGUUUAUUUCCUCUUCUCCCCUUCCGACCAAACGCAAUUUCCCAUUCUUCUCUCCAUAAUCACUCCCCUCGUCUCGAAUUUGCCUCGUAACGAUAUUAGAAUUCUGGGUUUCUUUCGAGGUUUAGGGGGAGGGAGAUUAAUCUUUGGCUAUGAAGCGUGCGGUUUCUGAUGCAUCGCUCGGCGAAGAAGACAAAAAAAUGAAGAAACUAAAGGUAGAGGAUGAUGGGGAGUUUUUAGGAACUGGGUUUGUGAAUUUGGAUGAGAAUUUGUUGUUUGAGGUGUUGAAGCACGUGGAUGCCAAGACGCUGGCUAUGGCGGCUUGUGUGAGCAAGCUCUGGCACAGGACGGCGCAGGACGAACGGCUCUGGGAAUUGAUCUGCACCAGGCACUGGGCUAACAUCGGCUGCGGCAACCAGCAGCUGAGAUCCGUGGUCCUCGCGCUCGGUGGCUUCCGCCGACUCCACUCACUCUACGUGUGGCCGCUGUCGAAGCCUCAGUCCUCUUCAUCGGGUUCCUCGUCAACUUCUUCCUCAUCCUCGUCUUGGGCUCCGUUCCCGCCGAUGAUCAGCUCCAAGCCGCCGCCUCGGUGGGGGAAGGACGAGGUUAACCUCUCACUAUCUCUGCUUUCUAUUCGGUACUACGAGAAGAUGAAUUUCAGUAACAGAGGCAGAUAACUGCAUGAAUUAUACAUAAAUAUAUAUUUUCUGGGGUUUAGCCAUCUAUAUUUUAUGGGUUUAUUGUUUGUCUAGAUUUGGCUUUGGGUUUUUUGAUCUUCCCUUCGUGUCCCCUCAUCUGGUUUCUUUUUCCUUUUUUUUUCUUUUUUUUUUUUCUCCCCUUCUCUCUCAGAUAUCUAAUCUAGGUUUUGCUAAUUGGAUCUAUAAAUCCUUGUAUUGUAAAAGGGUUCCUCUGUUUGCUAAAUUUGUUCAUAAUUAUGUGAUAAAAUCAAGACUAUAAGAAUUUAACAAAUCUUAUUUUAUUUUUCAAUUGGGUAUUGGAGAAAUUUGUUUCUGAUUAAUGGGUUUGCAGAAAAGGUAGAAUGGUUAACGGGGGAGUGAUUGGGUAGGUGGGGAAUGCAAUUUGCAGAUUUAACGCAAA